GAUAAAAUGAACACACACCAUAGUUUGUUGCGAUACAAGUUUGGUUGGGAGCAGAUUCAGAUAGUAAAGAAAACUGAAUUACUUCAACAAUACCUAGAUUGAACGGCUGAACUAUGAAUUAUCUUACAAAGUGUCUAUGCAUCCUAGUUGUUGUGGCUGUGGUUUUUACCCUUGGACAUUCAGAAACACCAGCCACUUGUUCUAUUGUACAAGGUCUUCCAGGUUUAAAUGGUAGAGAUGGAAGAGAUGGGGCUAUUGGACCAAAGGGUGAUCCAGGUGAAAGAGGGGAAAGGGGAAUCCUAGGUCCUCCUGGUAAAGUAGGACCAAUAGGAGAAACGGGAAAGACUGGAGUCACAGGACCGACUGGAAAUAAAGGGGAGACAGGUGAAAGGGGAGUUGGUUUGCCAGGAGGACAAGGGCAAAAAGGAGAGAAAGGAAGCCCAGAUGUGGAGAGCAUCAAGAAAACGAUGGCUUUGGAAAGUCAAAUCGCUUCCUUAGAGAAGAAAUGGUCCUGGAUAAAAAGUGUUCUGCUGUUUGAUGGUGGUAAAAAAGUCGGUGAUAAAGUAUUUGUGACCAACGGCCAGAAAGAAAACUAUGCCACAGCCCAGAAUAUAUGUAAAGAAGUUGGAGGAAGCUUGCCUACCCCAAGAAAUGAGGAAGAAAAUAGUGUUUUACAAGAGAUAAUGAACACUAAGGGAGGGUCAAGCCUAGCUUACAUAGGUAUAUCAGAUUCACAAGAAGAAGGGACAUUCAAGUACGUUACAGGUGAAAAUCUUAAUUUUACCAACUGGGGUCAAGGACAGCCAGAUAACUACGCUAACACUGAAGACUGUGUGCACAUGUAUAGGGAUGGUAAAUGGAAUGACAUCCCAUGUAGUCAGAAGCUCCUAGUUAUCUGUGAGUUUCAGUAAACCAGAUUAAAGCUGUGACAGAAUGGCACUUUUUAUUCUUGCUGUAUAUCCAUAAUUAAAUAAAAAAACUUUAAUUCUACAUGUUCAUUUUCUAAAGAAAUUGUAUAAAAAGAAAGAUAAAAAAAUAAAAGCCACUUAUGUUUAGAGUUUCCAUACAAAGAUUUUUACAAAUCAAAGUGUAUGUAGCACUACCCCUGAAGGAUCCGCUGAAUUGUUUUGCGAUUUCUCUGCAUGCAUGAAAAUGACACAUUUCACUAAACCAGCACUUACUGACACACCUUGAGGUAUUUCAAAGGAUUUAUUAGGCUAAAUAUAGCCUAAAAAAAAAAAGGAUUAACAAGUACAGUUGUA